AUGAUCACUGUGCUCAUAUGUUUUACCCUUUUGGGUUUUUCAAUAAAUUUUGUUCCUGCAAAAGCAGAGCACAUACUUGACCCAGACUACAGACUCCCGCAAAAUUAUUUUCCCGAAACACAAAACUUGAACUUCAAAUAUUUUUCUGUGGAUCGUAAAAUCAUCGCCAAAACUUUCCUUCAAGUGGAAAAUGUGGACAAUAUCAACUGGAAAACAAUUACUCUUCAUUCGUACCAGUUGGACAUCAAAAGCGUACAAGUUUUGACCGCAGAGGGCGACGAAAUUGCAAACAGUUUCAGACUUGUUGACAGGUUCGAAAUAUUGGAAAUCACACUUCAAGCCGAUAGACGACCUCAAAAUUUGAAUCUGACUGUUGCUAUUGACUACGAGAACCUAAUCGAAGAGGAUGGAAAACUUUGGGGUAUGUAUUCCCCGUGGGAUUGGUAUUACGAGGCUCCGAAAGAGUUGGUGACCUAUUUCCAACCAGCGUUUGCCAGAACAGUUUUUCCGACUUAUGACGAGCCACUGUUCCGUUUCAAGGUCACUUUCAGCAUUGAAAUUCACCAGGAUCCUGAGAAGCAAUUAGGGUUGGUUUUAUUCAACUCCGUUUUGACUAAAAACUGGACUUCUAAUGAUGUUAGCUAUUUCCACUUCAAAGAAACAGUUCCCUUGCCAGCAUAUUUAGUCGAAAUAUCUGUUCUAAAACCAGCACAUUACGUUCUGGCAUUGGAAUCCAGUUAUUUCAACAUACCAAUUCGAGUCAUUUCAGAUAACACGUACUACAAUACAUGGUUGACUGAUAAAGCUGCAACCGAAAAGUUGGACCAGAUAAUUAAGUUCACUUUGACUUAUUGUGAAAGUCGUUUUGAAGUGCGAUGGAAAAUGUCAGAGAAAAUUGACAUUCUAAUCACCCAAAUGCCUGGAAAAAUAGGAGGUAUGGAACAUCCAGGGUUGAUUGUAGUAAGUGCAGAAGUUGGGCCCAGUUUUCCAAGCUCGCCUUCAGAUUAUUCGUCGCUUUACACGGUCGUGAUCCAUGAACUGGUUCAUCAGUGGACUGGGGGAUUAUUGACGAAUGAUUGGUGGUCUUACUUUUGGCUGAAUGAAGGAUUCACCACAUUUUUCCAGUCGGAAAUCACACGUGAGCUGAUCAAAUUUCACCGACUUCCCCUUGAGGCAAAUAAAGUUGACGUAAGUCACGAUUUACACGAGUUUGCCGUUGUUGAGAAAGUUGAUUCGGCGCACGCCAAAAACAACAUGGAGUUUUGGGGUUUCACCAACGAGUUUUACUUCAGCGCAAUGCGAGCAGUAUCUCUACUUGAUGCUGCGAUGGGAAACAAUUUGAUGGUUUGUCUUGGAGUCAUUUUCGUGGAAUACCCUUUCCGAUCUUUUGACUCCAAAUCCGUUUUAGAUCAAAUUUCCCAGUGUCCGUAUUCAACUAUAAAUGCAACAGAGUUCAUGCGAUUUUGGCUUUUUGAUGAUGAAAUUCCAGUCUUGAAGAUCAAUGUUGACAAUGUCGAGACCAGUGAAGUCACAUUUUCAUACGAUUUCAUGUGUAGCAUUGAAGAUUUCCAGAAAAGCAACUGUUUCAAAAGUAAGCCAAACUUCAAACCCCAUUUCGCGUUGACGUUCCGCGACCACAAAAAUAUGCUACUUCAAGACGCGAUUUUAGUAAGCAAAAACAACACAGAAGCCAAACUGCAGUUCGAACUUGAAAAAUAUCCAAUUUUUUUCGUCAAUACCUUCAAUCAAGGAAAUUUUCUGGUGCAAUAUCCCGAACAUGUGUACAAAUUUUUCUUCCCAUAUCUCCAAACACGUGUCAUAAGCAAGGGAAUAAAGCUGCCUCCAUUCUACAAAUCAUUUGUAAGUGACAUGUUUGAGCUAUCGAGAAGAAAUCGUACCAGUCUUUACUGGACCUUUGCAAUUUUGAUGGACAAGGAAAACUUAACUGAAGCAGGAGUUUUGGAUUCACAGAGCCCUGUGAAUACUUUCACUGAAUGCUUGGAAGCCGAAUUUUUCGCAGAACACGUAGACCCAAAUGAUGAAAUUUGGAAGUUUGCAUGUCGGUGGAGUACAUCUCAGUGGUUUGAAAAUUGCGAGGAGUUUGUAGAAGAUACGAUUGAGUUUCCGCCCGUGCAAAGAAACAGAGCAUGUAUAAAAUGGGUCGCAAAGUUUGCACAUGACUUUAGAAACAUACUCGAAAGCUCUUUGGAUAUGUUGAAGUAA